GUUUUGCGCCGUAAGUGGUGCCGCGCGUACGUACUGUACAUGUUUGUCAAAAAUAUUAAUUUUUUUUAUUAGUAUAGUUUAAUAAAAACAUUUGCAAUGUGUACCAGGAGUCCGAGAUUAUGUUGCAGCUGCCUUUGGUGAAUAGAAUAUUAGUAUAAAGGUUAUGACAUUGUAUACUAAUGUCAGUGAGAGGAGCAAAACCACAAGAGUAAAGGGGUGAUGUUGUCUACUAUGUUCCAGUUGGGUGGGAAAUUUGAAUGAAAAUUAUUUUCAUACAUGAUGUAGUAUGAAUGGACAUUUUAUAUCUUGUUAUUGUGCAUGAGAUAAGAGCUUUAGUCAAUAAUUGAUCCAUAAAUAAUUUAUUUAAUUAUUUGAGUAGGAAUUUUUACUAUUAAUCUGGUUACGUUUGCCAACAUAACCCACCAUAAGGUGUUAAACUUUAUUAUCGAUUUGGGAGACAGGGACGAACUUCAUUACAUUCUAAUGUUUAUUGCCUUAUCGCCUAGGGCUCCAUGGAAUUAAUAUUUACACGACAAUUUCGUAAAUUCAAUAGUCACCUACCAACAGGAAAUCGUAACUUCGUCAGCAAGUUAUUAGGUUGAUGUUAUUGUAGGUUGACAAGUAUUUUUAUUACAACUAUGGUAUUAACCAAGGAAUAUCGUAUAUGUAUGCCGCUUACUACGGAAGAGUAUCAUAUAGGCCAACUUUAUAUGAUUGCAAGACACAGUCAUGAGCAGUCGGAUAAUGAUGAAGGUGUAGAAGUAGUUGAAAACGUAGCAUGUGAUCAUCCUGAACAUGGAAAAGGUCAAUACACGGAGAAAAGAAUUCAUUUGUCUAGUAAAUUGCCUUAUUGGAUACAAUCAGUUCUUCCACGUAUAUUUUAUGUAACAGAGAAAGCAUGGAACUAUUACCCUUUUACUAUUACAGAAUAUACCUGUUCUUUUAUUCCUAAAUUUCAUAUAUCGAUAAGAACUCGAUACUUAGAUGAUAACGGAUGUACAGAAAAUUGCUUAGGUCUUUCUCCUAUUGAGCUGUUACACCGUGAAGUCGAUUGUCUAGACAUUGCAUAUGAUGAAAUUUCUGCAAAGCAUUACAAAGAGGAAGAGGAUCCAAAAUUUUUCCAAUCUAAACGAACUGGUCGUGGACCACUAGUAGAAGGAUGGAGGGAAACAGUACAACCAAUAAUGUGUUCUUAUAAAUUAGUCCAUGCUUCUUUUGAAGUUUGGGGCAUGCAAACUCGAGUGGAAGACUUCAUUCACAGAUGUAUAAGGGAUAUUUUAUUAUUGGGUCAUCGGCAAGCAUUUGCAUGGAUUGAUGAAUGGUAUGAUAUGACGUUAGAAGACGUUCGGGAGUACGAACAAAAGAUGCAAGCUGAAACUAACGAGAAAUCAUCAUCGUCUCACGGAUCAACGAGGAAGAGGAAGUCUGUCCACAGAAAAUUAAUACAUUUCAGUCAACGAAUAUGAGACGUCUCGUGCAGCAUUUCUGGAGUCAGUUAUCACUUUCCAAUUCAUCUAUCAGAUUCAUCAAACAGAGAGAAUGAAGAGAGAGACAGGAAGAACCUCACCAAUCGAUCCACGCUAAUGCCAUAUAUUUAUUACGAACUUCCUAGAUUAGGGUAUUUUCCUCGUUGCGAGCAUUUGAUUUCUAUAAUCGGUCUGCGUGAAGAAGAAGGAUUGGGGUGGCGUGAGCAGCCCUUGCGAAGCGAUGGAGGGGAGAGAUGCAACUCCUUGCGCAACUAAAUGAGUUCCUAACAGUUGCCGCGCGUACUUUGUCACGUUCGCGUCGUUCCUCGUGGUAAGCGUUGUCGAGACUGCAGUCAACACGAGACUUCAACCUGUUCAUCCCUGAAUUAAAACUUGGCCUGGCCUUCACAUUUUCCUGUUCGUCGCUUGGAGGUUUGGCUAAUGAAAAUAGUGCUAAAUACUAGAACAAAAAGAGGAUUUAGUUAUCAUCAACCAAACACGUGAAACAUCUUCCACUGGACAUCAAGUUGAAGUAGGAGUAACGGACUCUGAUUGCGACCGACGCGUUUCUUCCUUAAAGUUUUAAGACGGUGUCUCCGGUAAUCUCACCAAAUCGCGAGAGAUCUUGAAUUCAGCGUGUUUCGAUCGUUAAACAUUCAUUCAGGUCAAGGCUCGACGGCGGGAUACGAAAGUGCAUUCGUAACCCAGCCUCACGUGAACAAUGGACCUGCGACAGUGGGCUAAUCAGCUAGCAAAUUUUAGGAAAGCCGAAACAUAUUGUUGCUCUCUGUUUCCGGUAAAUUGUCGCAUUCACCUGUACGCCAAAAGAAACCGAGAGGAACAAAAUGAAGUAUAUCUCGAGUCCUCUUGUUUUUGUCAACAAGUUUCCUUCAAUUUAGAAUUUCUUGAAGUUACUUUGAACAUUUCUGAAGCUUAUAGAAUACAAAGAUGAAUGCAAAAUCAGUAUUAUAUAUAAUUUCAAAGACUAUAGAAGAAAAUUAUUUAUGCUCCAACAAUUCCAGGAAACAAGGAUUGUACAUAUCGGUCAAGAACAAACCCAGUACGUCAAGCACAGACGGAUUUAUCUAAACCAGCGCCCUUAGCUAGAAGUCAUAAUUAAACAAGAACGCUCGGCGCAAGCUCAAUUUAAUUCCUGAUUCAAGAAAAGGAGGACAGGCUUUUCAUCGUUUUUCGCUACCCUUCGUGCAACGUUAAUCCUGCGAAUAUGUGGCUGGCAAGUUUUAACGAGACACCCUCGAAAUGCAGAAGUUUGCUCUGCACUGGCUUACCCAUGAAAAGCUCCUCUUUGGUCGGAUUAAGACUGCGGUUAAUGUCUGUGACAUUGAUGUUUAGAUACUUCGCUCACCUAUCUGUAAAAUGCGCUUGUUAAGCACCGCAAUAUCUUCGCUUCGUUUAACUAUUAUUUAUAAAGUAAAAAGUAGGGAUUUAGAUAUACAUGUAAAUCUAGAAAUUUAAGGACCUAGGUACCUCAGAAUCUAUCAACUACUUGUCUUUGCAAAUCACUAAAUUAAAUGCAAAUCUUGGCAAAUUAGGUUUGACGCAAACGAGAUUCAUAACUUCGUCAAAGAAAAUUAACCAUCUCAUUUUCCGAAAUUGAAUUUGGUCUCUAAACGAAUUUCUGUGUCAAACUUGCGUAAUUCAGUUUGGAAAUGUGUUUGGAUCCCGGGUAAUCUGCUUGAACAGAAGGAUCAUUUGUUACUGUCAGGGUAAUCAGGAUAGACAAUGUUAAUUUCUUCCUUACUCGAAACACUCAUUAAUGUUUAAUCUAAGGUAAAAAGUAGUUCAUUGCUGCAGCAGAGAAUUUGGUCCAUGAAUGAAACGUUUAGUUUGAUGAAACUUCAAGCUUCAAAUUGAUGUAGACUUUUCAGACUUUUUGAAAAUCGCAGCCGUGUAUGAUGAAUUAUGACUUGAUGGUUUGAAAAGAGUGGAGAUAUCGAUUGGUGUAUGAAGACCAUAGAAAGACCAGCCUUUGUAAGGCGGUUCAUUAAAAAUAUAAUACUGCUACAGUGUAUAGGUCUUUCUUCGAAAUCUCGCAAUAUUUUGUAACUAUGACUCUCCAUAAAAUAAUGAAAAAGUCUGGCUAACUGAUCAGAUCGUACGUUGCAGGGUCAAGCGUUCUACCUCUGGGAUUUUUUAAUUUAAAACGCUGGAAGGCGUAAUAUUCGAAUAAAACUCGACACCCCCCGGGGGAACUUUUAAACUUGGAAAUCUGGGUUGCCGCUUUACAAAGGAAGUAAUUGGUGAGAUACUAACUCGGAGAAGGGAUGGCCGUUUAAACGAUCAGCCUGUGAGUGUACGCUGAUUGAAACAGAUGCUCGAUCAUGCGAGCCAAUAACGACAAGCCGUGAUUAGGCAAGAGGGCGAAUUGCACCUGUCGAUUGUGCUGAAUCCGGGCUUAGGCUCCCUGUUGCUUAAAGUUCUUCGUGACUGUUUUAAACGAUCGUUGUGUUUAUUUCACCGACUAAUUGACUGGGAAGCUGGGUUUCCGAAUCGUCGAAGUUCUAUUGGAAUUUGACCGUUGUUUAUUUUUUAUCCGCGCUCUGCUCGCUUUCCCACGCAGAUUAAAGCAAAUUGAUGUGUCGAGUUGCACCGUGUGUCUAAAGAGAAUUUUAUGUCGAAUGUGAAACGAGGUGUAGAAUGUUCCAUUAGUUCUUGUUACCAAAAGUGUUAAAACUCAUAAUUGGACCAGCCUUUCUUCCCUUGGUUUGUAAUUAGUUAAUUAAAUGGAACGAGGUGGCCAUUACGGCUAUAUUCAAGUUCUUUUUUAACCGCGGAAUGAAAAAGUCCGGACAGAUUAAAGUAAUACUUUUAUCAUUUUAACAACUCAAUUUUUACACGCUUAUAUUAACUCAUGAUUUUCUUUUUUAGUAACAGUUCAAGAAUUGAAUAGAACACUGUGAAGGUUACAAAGAAGAGAUGACAUUCUCAUUAUGUAUCCAGUGCGAGCCAUGUUGACUGUGUCGUUCAAUUAAUCCCAAAUCAAUCGAAUCCGUAACCUGAAGGAUGAGCUUAAUUAAACUGGAGUAUAUUUGAUUGAUUAAUUGUAUUCCGAGAAACUUGCACCGUUACGUAGGCACCUCGCAUAUAAUUUGCUCCUGCAUUUAACCAGUAUUAAUUCUUUUUAGUCUUCGAGUGCCGAGAAAGUUUCGCUUAAACUUUGAAACGGAUGUGCUAAAAAAGUAGCUAUAUUAUUGUGGAAAGUUUCGCUCGUAAUUACGCCGCCCUUUCGUCCCGGAAAUGGUACGCAAUUCUUCCUCCGCGUGGAAAGAAGAAAAACAUAAAACUUGAGAAUUCUCUGAACAUCCGUCGGAAGAAAUUUCUAUGCUAACUUGAAGUUGCGUUGAAAUGUAAAACCAAGCAGAUUCUUGGCUCCGUAGUCAAGACAGGUGCAAAUUAAGAUGAGUCAGAUUUGGAAUAAGUUUCAACGAAGUAUAAACCGAACACGUUCCAGAUUCGCGCUCGAAUGCACGGCAAAAAAAUAUUUUCUCAUCAGAUUUCUGUUCCAGUAAUUCGGUAAAAGGCAAAGGAAGUAAAGAGGAACUACUUUUGCAGAAGUUUCACAAGUUCCUGCACGUUUGAGUGCAUUGGCCUCGCUCUAGGCUGCAUUAAGCAUUUUUAUUCCACCUUUUAGUCGUCGCAAAUAAGGGGAAUAAGAGAAGAGAAGAAAAACGGAAGACACAAAUAGUGGUUUCUAUUUUCAUCUUACUAAGUCUGUCCAGUAUGAGUGGCUCACUCUUUUCCAGCCUCGGUUUGCCAACUAACUUGCGAUGAGAAUUCUGACCUACAAAAAUGCGUUGUCCUUGUCCGCCUCGAUCUCUCCUGCAAUCGAUUGUCCCAUUUCAACGCGAAAUUCUGGCGUUAGUACACGAAACAGUCACGAAUUCAGCUUUUCCUUUCUAAAGCCACUGUUCUAGCGGAGAAAAGUUUCUGGACAAUCAGAGGACAUGGAACGGGGUUUCAUUGUUAAGGUUAUUCUCGGUGAUUGAAAGACUUUGAUUCCUUUAUGAAUGGCAGCUUCUUUACGUCGAAGAUGACCAAUUAAUUUGUGGAAAAUUAAAUCUUCAGCCAUACAAUAGCGUUCUUGUAUAUAAAAACAUGUGCAACAUUUGAAGCUUCAAGUGUAACAAAAAUGCUAACAGUAACUGCAUCAAAUAAUAUCAAAAUAAAUUUCAUUUCUGAAGAGACAAUUACCGUCUGAAAAGAACGGCAAUGAAUAUAAAAUAAUUACAUUGCAAUUAGAAAACGAGUAGACACCAGGUUCAGCUUUAUAGGAACAGAAAUCCUUUAUGAAUUUUAUCAUGAGCAUUCCAGGGAACUUCUGUUCUUCAAGUUCCGCGUACAAGAUGGAUGAGAGGGAUGAGAAGCUGUUACUUUGCAAACUCUCAAAUUAUUCGCAACUGCAUCGUCGAACCUUCGGCUCGCAAUUUCGACGAGAACUUCGUUAAAAUUUGAUCGAGCAGUCGCUGUCUUUGUUCCCACGGUGAAUCUUAAUUUCACCGUGUACCGCCACAUUUCGUCCAAUUUAACGAAAGUCAGAAGUUCAAGUAAUUAUGUAAUGACAGUAAACUCGGGAAGAAGAUGAGGCUCGUAACGUGAUUCUAUAGAAUCUGAUAAACUUGCGAAACUUCUGGUAGCUGGUUAUUGCUGAAAUGAAUAUUGCUUUUCAAGAAGGGUAACAUUCUAAGGCUAAUUUGCGUUGUUCCAGCUUUUGGUUACUGAAGGAAUGUGGAGCUUGAAGAAAUAUAAGGGAAGAAAGUUUGAGAAGAGUGGACUUCCUUGUAACAUUCUAAGGCUAAUUUGCGUUGUUCCACCUUUUGGUUACUGAAGGAAGUAAAUUUCUAUCUUUCACAUUUAUUUUAUCUUUUUAAUUUGUUUCCUUUCUAAUUUAUUAUUUGUAUCUUUUUAAUUUGAUAGUGUGGAGCUUGAAGAGAAGCAAUAUAAGGAAAGAAAGUUUGAGAAGAGUGCACUUCCUUGUACCACCAUCUUCUGUAAAGAAGUCUACUCGUUUACAUCAUAC